AUGCACCGCCACACCCUGCCCCUGCACCCGCACCCACACCCUGCCCCUGCACCCGCACCCACACCCUGCCCCUGCACCUGCACCCAGCCCCUGCACCCACAAACAGCCCCUGCACCCGCACCCACACCCUGCCCCUGCACCUGCACCCGCACCCACACCCUGCCCCUGCACCCGCACCCAGCCCCUGCACCCACACCCAGCGACAACAUCAACUGGGUCCAGUGUUGCAGACCAGGCUCCUGUAAUGGCGUCGCAGGCUGGGAUAAGGUGCAGGAUCUGGCUGAGUACCUGGUGUCCCUCCGUCAGGCACUCUAUCUGGACGAGCAGCAGGUCACAGAGGUCAUCCGUCUGUGGACUGCUCUUCCUGAUGGGGACAAGAGGAAGAUCCAUUAUCAGCCCAGACACCAGCCCAAGCUGACCCAUGGACGCUUCAAGCCGCCGAAAAAUACAGGAGUGACACCAGGUGUGGACAGUGUGAAGAGGUGCCUGAUCGGUCAUCCUGGGGGGCCGGCUCAGUGGCCCAGCACCAGUCGUUUAGUUGAGGCCAUGUGCAUCAAACUGUGUGCACUGCACAAGUCCCCAACUAAAAAGGAUGGAGUCCGUCUUCCUCGUUGGACUAAGGUGCUCAACGACUACCACCACAUCCGAGACCUGGUGCUGAACUGCCACACUCUGAUGGAGGCCACGUCACUUCAGCUGUCUGUGCUGAAUCAGAGGACUCUCACUCAGUGGUUUAAUCGAAGGGAGAACACCCAGGAAGUCACUGUCCUCUCCCAGGGCCUUGCUGCAGAGGACUGCCUCGCUGUGGCCAGCUCACAACUUCCUGCUCCGCGGGAAAGCCUGGAUGAGGCUCCCUCCACAUCAGGGGCCCGGCACGAAUUUGUCCUGCCUCCAAACCGAGCGGGACAGGCUCCUAAGCUGCGGCCUGGCAAACGACCUGCCAGUGCUACAGUUGUGCGGCCCAUCACCCCAGCAGCUCCUCUUCCUUUAGUUCCUGCGCCACUGCCCCAGUUUUUUGUUUUGAACCUUGUGCCCACGCUGAUUUCCAAAGGUGCAGGUGGCCCUUCAGCUGCUCGUCUCCUGGCUCCAACUCCUGUGUUUCCUGCCGCGCCCGAGGCUCCUGCUCCCACUGCCCCAGUGUCUGUGUCCCGCUUCACGCAGAGAAACAGACGACGCAGGGCAGAAGAGGAGGCCAGUGGAACUCACAAAAGACGAUAUGUCCGUGAAGUGGCAUUUAACAAAUGCUCCAAGUGUGGCCAGCCCAAAACGAAGGAGUUCGGCCACAGCCGGUUUGGCAGUGCCACCUUUUGCCCCAGUGUCUCUGGUGGCAAAUCAAGAGAGGAGUGGCUGGUAGAACAACGCCAGCAGAAAACACAUGGACAGCCACCUCCAUAA